CCAUUAUCUUUUAUCUCCUCUCAACUAAACCCCAUCAAAAUGUAAAGGAAAAGGAAAAGUGAUGGGAAAACGAAAAGACGUGGAAAGACAGUUAAAAACUUUCCCUCCUUUCCGUUCCUGCAUUUAAAACCUCUGUGUUUUCCCAUUCAUAAAACUUCACGAUCGCAUUAAAUGGAAAAAAGAAAAAUUCAAUUUUUAUUAUUAUUUCUUUAAUUUUCAAACAUGGAAAUCAAUUCCUUAAACCCCACUCCAUUUCCCGAUCCCCAUAACCAAAUCCCUCCUCUUCGAAUAGCCGACCUUCUUCUCAACUCCGACGACGAUCACAGCUAUCACUCCGACGAUAGUAGAAGUUACAGACCCCUACUAUCUUUCCUCAUGGACGGCGUUGGUAAUCGCCGGAGAGAUCGGUCCUCUGACAAGUGUAAGCACAACAGCCAUUGCUCCUCGCCGCGGCGGAUCAUUGCUCGGUGUUUCUCGGCCUUGAGGCCGGCCAAGGAGAGGAAAACAGAGGAACGGCCGGUGAGCGAUUUGCCUGUUUCGGCUCCAGAAAGUGAAGACUCAGGUCAAUGUAAAGGAAACACUUCUUUCAAUUUGGGGAUUGCUUGUGGUUUACUGUAUCUAAUUGGUACGAGUAAAAAUGAAAUGAAUAAGAUGAUUGAAAUGAGGAAACAAAUGGAGAUGUUUCUUCAUAAUAUUAGAGAUGAGUUUCGAAAUAAGAGUAAUCUUGCUUAUUCUUCCAAUAAUAAUUUUAGAGAGAGUUCAAGCUCUAAUACCCAUCUCUCACCUCUUAUGAAUUUUACUGGGACAACUUCAUAUGUGGUACCAGACUCAGAAACCAUCUUGGAAUGUGAUGAUUCUAUUUCUACUGAUCUUAAUAUGAAUGAACAGCGUUUAGGUGAAAUGGAUGAACUUGAGGCUGAACUUGAAGCUGAGUUUGAACGUUUGCAGCUCCGUUUGGAUACAGAACAUUCACAACACCAAAGUUUAAAGGUUGUUAUGAACACUGCUUAUUCUGAAAACCAGAGCCUGAGUUAUGUGGAGGUAAUUGAUGAUCCUCAAGAGCUAUGUACUGAAGAACUAGAAAAUGGGGUACGUCCUAUUGAAUUAGAGAGGAAGUUAUAUCAACUUCUGGAAUUGAGACAAGAAGAAAGGAUAAAGGAACUUGAAGAAGCUUUAGAAUGUGCUAAUCACAAACUUAAAGAGAAGGAAUUAGAGGUUUCUUGGUGGAAAGACACUGCCCAUCUCAUAUCGCAGCAUAUUCCACAACGUUAAAGGAUUAUUAUCUUUGUAGAGAGAGUGGUUUUAUUAUUGUAUCUGUAAUUAGAGUGUGUGUGAUGAUGUGUAAUUAGAGUGGUUCUUUUUAUCAGUGUGAAAUAUAAGACAUAUUAUAUAUAUAUAUAGUAGGUGAGGGGUUUUUUCCUUUUAUAUUACUUGAAUUGAAUUGAACUGAUAUUAAACAAUGAAUUCUGAUUUGGAGAAGAAUUGAGAUUCUUUCUUUA